AUUGAUGAUAAAUGGUCAUGAAAAUAUGGCAUGGAUUUUAGUCUAUAUUGUGUUUUUUAUUUUCAGUACUAUACAUGCAAAAACUCCCUCUUACGGAGUCAGUACUGCACAAACAACAACUCAUACUCCUGGAGUUUGUUAUGGAUACGGCAGAAUUUAUCGAAAUGGUCUUUACAUGAAUGUUAUCCUAGGGAACUGUUGCAACAAUUUUUACAAGAAGAAUGGAGUCUGUGUUGACUGUCCAAUUGGCUCUCAUUCAAAGGGUGGUGGAGGAUGUAAAAAAUGUGAAAAUGGAUAUCAUGGUAAAAAGUGCGCAUCGAUAUGCAGCUGUAACAGUACGGAAAGAUGUGAUCAUGUGUUGGGAUGCGUCUCGAUAGACGAUAAGACAGGAACUGUUGUACCUACUGAUAAAAGGUCCCACAAUGACGUCCAGGAAGCAGUAAACAGCAACGUUGUUACCUACAUGACCUGUGUUGCAGUUGGAAGCGUUUUAGUUGUCGUAUGUGGUCUAAUUGUAAAGAACAGAGAGGCAAUAUGUCGACGAAAACCAAGCAACAAAGCCAUCAAAACUAAAAUAAAGAAGAGAAAGUGGUCCAAUUUCAGUUUUGGAAAAGCAAAUGUGAAAGAUAAAAAAGAAAGUUUGUAUGCCGAUAUCAAUGAGAAAGACAUGCUAAAUCUCGACGGGGAAUGAAUCAUAACAUUGGAAGACUUUUUCAAGACAAUUAGUGUACAUAUGUGUAUAUAUUAUUUUUUUUUUUUUAGUUUUCCUUAGUUUUUAUUUAACAUUUUUAUUACUUGUGUAGAUUCAAAAAGAUAGCAUUCUUUUUUUUUUGCAUCAAACAUAUUUCUCACUUAAAUGACAUAAAGUUUUUUUUUUGAAAGUUGAGCACAAACUGUUAUAUUGUACAGCUAUACAUGUUUUCCUUGUGACAGAUUUGUCUAUCGUCAGUUAUUAAUAAAUUUGUUCUAUUCAUUUAAAUGUA